ACAUGGCGGACGCAUGUGGUGAGCUUCGACAGACGUUGAUAACAAGAAUAGAAGGAAUGAUUCACGAUGUGCAGCGGGAGCUUCAUACGAACAACGUGGAACAUGAAACAUUAGAUGGACUGUGUUUUCGUGGCGAACAGCUAGCACGACAGGUAGCCAGACUUGUAACCGCCAAUGUUUUAGAUUCGAGUGUUCUGAAUUGCAUCAUGUUCGCCUACGAAAAAUUAACUUUUUGUUCACAACGAGUGGAAAGUGAGGAAACGGGUUACAGAGCAGCUUUACUAAAUUCUGGUGGCCGUGGAAGACCUUCUUACCAGAUCAGUAGAGAACAACUGGUAUAUUUUCUUAGAGAACGAUUUUCAAGAAGAGAGGUAGCAGACAUGUUACGCGUUUCGCUAAGUACUGUGGCUCGUAGGAUUCGUGAGCACGGUUUGGUAAACCUGUUACCGUAUUCCACCAUUUCCGACGAAGAUUUAGACCGCGUUGUUAGAGAUGUGCAGGCAUUGUUUCCCAACAUUGGAUAUCGUCGUAUGUUGGGUGAGCUGACCCGUCGGGGCAUAGUCAUCCAGCACGCAAGAGUAAGAGCAUCAAUGAUUCGAACCGAUCCAGAAGGCGCCGUACUUAGAUGGAUGGAUACUAUACAAAGAAGAUCCUACAGUGUUUAUGGGCCAAAUGCCUUGUGGCAUAUUGAUGGGCACCACAAAUUAAUAAGGUAGCGAUUAAAAAAAGGCACAUUGAUGUAUAUUUUUCACUUGUGGUCAUGUUUAAAUAAUGUUCAGUGCCCGGGGGAGGGGGAGCUCCCAUAUAAAGGUGACGGGAUGAUCGUCGGAAAUUUUAAACAGAAUCAACUUUUACCCCUAAGAGGUACCAAUUCUAAAAGUUAAUUUGCUGAUAAGUAGUUCAUGACACAUUUUUCCCUGCUAAUACUCAAAAGGUACCCAGGCCAUUUAAAUGCUGGUAGAUGCAUUUUAGAAUCAAAGACUCUUAAGAGGUUUGAACCCCUGAAACCCGUCACUUUUAGGUAUAUGGAACUCCUCCACCCAGGGGAUGGGGGCUCGGUGGUUCUUGGCCUGUUUACAUACACAGGUGAUUUUUUAAUGUACAUGUACCUUUUGUUGCAAGUGUAAAGUAGCAGGGAUUUCAGCGCCCACGUGUAAACUCACCUUGAGGAAGAAAAAUUGCAUCAUAUAUGUAUUUAUGGCUCAUGGUACAAAAUUAAUGCACAAAACAAAUCCUCAACUACACCAACCCUACAAGAGAAAACUGAACUGCUUAACUUCAUAGUGGACAGAUAAAAUCAGGAAACUUCGCUGCUAACAGUCAGAAAAAGUCACUGAGGAAAGAGCUACUGGUGGUUUCCACUGACGUCAUAUCAAAAUUCAGAAGCAUAAAAUAACAGAUUUUGAUCACAAAAUGUUUAUGGAAUUGUAGAGGGUUUAAACCUACACAUCCUGGCCAAAAGCAUUUCUUUUAAGAGUUACAGGCAAGUGAGUAUUAGAUACUUUUAGUAAGAAAUGUAUGGAGCAGCCAUCUUGGUGUCCCACUUUGGGACACCAACAUGGCGGCCAAAACUUUAAAGUCAUAAUUACGCAAAAAAUCUCAUCAGAAAAGAUUGAAUUCACUAUAAAUUAGAUUAGAUUGGCUUAUAAGCAUCUACAGUGCAAAAAUAACUUUCAGCUGGUCAAUUUUGUUUAUUUUAAUGGCUAUUCUUAAAUAACAUGACGGAUUCUGCAACACAUUUGAAACCUUCAUAAAUCAAUGUAAAACAUCUUGAGAACCUGAAACUUUCUGUAUAUCCACAUACCAUGUUGGAAACGGCUUUGUGGGAGGUAUACUUUAGUUUUUUUAAUUUUAUGACAUCAUGUGAAAACCAAGAAUUCUGAUUUGGGAGUGUUGUCUUUGAAACUACCAUUAUUUAUUUAUUACUAAAAUAUUAAAAAUCAGCCAUUGUAAAAAAAGAGCUUCCUUAUAUGCGGUUUUCCUUUACUUAUUUUCUUUUAUUGAAAAAGUGGCCCUACAUGCUGGCAUGUUACAGGCACAAAGCAGUCUCAGUUCUUGAAUACAUUGUAUUCAGGGUUUGAGCCAGGCCGCGCCUUUGCGCCAAUCCCGCACUGCAAUUGGAAUUGUCCCUUUAAAAAACGGCCAAGGGGACAAUUUGUCCCCUUCAAAAUUUAGGGAAAAAACUCGAAAGGAAGCACACACGAAGAGAUUUAUUUCGGUACAGAAGUUGCAAGCUGAAACAGAACGUGGAAAGUAUAUUUUAUCGCACCUUUAAAGUUCAUUCCAAAGUUACGUUUCAGUCACGCUCUACUGCUAUUUUGGUCGGAAAUCUAAGACAGGGCUUCUGAUUUGAAAUUCACAAAAACACGAAAAAUACCGCGAAAUUUGGUAGAAAUCUUAUCAAAUAUGUGUCUGUACAACAUAUUUGAAACUUAUUUCAGCUAUAGGGGAUAUUUACUUGCCGUAAACUUGCAAAUUUAUCUUGGAACUUCGUCACUGAAACGUGCGAACAGAUUAGGUUGCGAAAAACUGGGCACUAGCCAUCAUGUUAAAGGCUUUGCCAUUGGUUCAUUUCUGGAGCGUAUUGUUGUUGAAAGAGCAAAUGAUGACCUCUGUUAGAAAAACGUUAAAAAGGCUGGUCUGAUCAGCGCAAAACCGAUCGAUUUCUAGCGAAAUUUGCCUUGAAAAUAACCACAAAAUCGGCCGUUUUUUACCGAUUGUUUUUCGAUGAAGUUUGCCCCGAAAACUCCCGCGAAAUCGGCCGAUUUUUCCGCGAAUUUGUCCCUAAAAAUCCCGCGAAAUUUGACUUUUUCGUCCGAGACCUAUCAGAAGCCCUGCUAAGAAGGAAGGGUGUACAAAUUUCUGUCCCCCUAAAAAUGAAAAUGUCCCCCAAAAUUUUAGCCAAGGGGACAAAUUGUCCCCCAGUGAUCAAAUCCUAGCUCAAACUCUGUGUAUUAUUUGUUAGGUGGCGCCUCGUCAUACACGGAGGAGUGGAUGGCUACUCAAGGAUCCCUGUGUUUUUACAAUGUUCUGACAACAAUCGUACCUCAACAGUCCUGAAUCUUUUUGAGAACGCUGUGGAAAGUUAUGGCCUUCCUUCUCGGGUAAGAGCAGACAAAGGUGGGGAAAAUGUGGAAGUGUCUUUAUUCAUGCUUUCACACCCUGCAAGAGGCCCUGGGCACGGGAGCAUGAUAACAGGAUCAUCAGUCCACAACCAAAGAAUUGAAAGGCUUUGGCGGGAUGUGUUCACUGGUGUAGUUGGCCUCUACUACAACCUUUUUAGUCAUUUGGAGGGCACAGGGACUCUGGAUAUAAACAAUGAAAUCCACAUAUUUUGUUUGCAUUACGUGUACCUUCCCCGGAUCAACAAUCAUUUACAUGUAUGGAAAGAGGGUUGGAUCAGAAAACCAAUUUGUACAGAAAAUAGCAUGACACCAAGCCAACUUUUCAUAUCUGGUAUGAUGAGAAUGGCUGGAAGCAGUCAUACAAUUGCUAAAGAAAUGUUUGAAGAUUUGAGAGAGGUAAGAAGCCAAAAAUAUCUACAUCUCUUGAACAAACUUGGCAGUCAGUGGCAACAAAACUGUGGUACAUCAAAGGAACCAAGAGAAGUUUGAAGUUGUCUUAGCAUGCCAAAACUAUGCUUCAAGUUUUCUUUAAGAAAAAAAAAUUGAAUCAAAUAGUUGUGUUCUUUAAUUGACAUUGCCCUGUUGCACAAAGGAAAACCUAGAACAUUUAGUCAAUGUAAAAGCAUGCAGAUAUUUGUAGUCUUAGUGUCCUGUUUUUUUUUGGGGGGGGGGGUAGUUACAAUGGGAAGUAGUCGCCCUUACCCAAGUAAUUAGCAUUAUAUCAGUGCAAAUAGAAGUCAACCAAUCCUUGUAUGCCAGUUUUACAAGGAAUUAUGUUGUUUUAAUAGAGGAACAUUUAUCACCCCAGCCUCCCCCUGAAAAAAACAACAACAACAACAAUAAUAACAAAAUAAAAAAAUAUAUAUAGUCACUGAAUAAAAUUGAUUGUGUUGCAUAAUUUUCAGGAUGAGGUUGAGCAAUAUGGUCUAGAUUGGGAUGGUCCAUUACCAGAGUCAGAUUCUGAUGAAAUGAUUGAAUUGCCCUUGACAGAGUGCCCACUGAAUCUACAAGAAACACGAGAACUAAAACAAGCCAUAGACCCACUGAGGAACAGUGACUGUUAUGGAAUUGAUAUUUUUAUUCAAACUUCAAUGUUUGUUACUUCACGUCUUGCAACAUGA